AUGGCGUCACCAUCACCUGCUGCCACUAUCAGAAGCUCAGUUCCUCCCCCGAGCUCUGCCCCAAGUCCCUUCGCCACAUGGCGCUCAUCAACUGGACCCGUUUCAUUUCCAUCUCUUUUCUCAAAUACCUCACCGAUGGCACCAUUUGAGUCGACAGCGACCGCUCCUAUCACCCCCACACCAGGCGUUUUAUCUGACCCCAUAUUUUCCUUGCAUGGAACGUACUCUCGCGAGCUACGAAACCGUCCAGAGUGGGCAAGAAUCGGCCCUGUCAUCACGGCUUUGGGGACCAUCACAGAAGGAACACCACAGGCCUCGAAGCGUGAUUUCUAUUUUGAGUUGAUGUUCCAAUCAGCUCCAACUCGAGCAUUUGCUGGCUUUGGCCUAAUCAAAGCUAUCGAAUUGAGUGCACUGCUUCUUACUCCUGACAGUUUCCAAGUGGCCAACCGCCGCCAAACUGGUGCGACCAUCAAAAACUUUGCAGAAACCAACAAACCAUUUAUGGACGUUAUCGUGUACCUGAUGAACUCAAGCGGACCAGUUGAACAGCAAGCCGAAGCAAUCCAGUCCCUCAGCGCCCUCCACCACUGCUUGUCUCUCGGAUUCUCCGACGCGCCUCCCGUUAUUGUUGUCUCGGAUGCGGCGUAUCUCACGGAUUGCGUCGAGAGUUAUAUGAAGAGUCUGCGGCGGGCGAAGGCCUUGGGGAGCACUGCCUAUUCGGUGAGCUCCACACUGUUGCUAUUUGAUAUCCGCAACUUACUGACAUAUCCAUCUUUAGAAAACCGACAAUACCCAGAAACCUUCAUUGUUUGGGCCUGCUACUAA